GACUGCUCGUCGAUUCGUUCUGGUCUCAGUUUGCGUUCGUGUGUAAGUUGUAUGUGUAGGUGUUUUUCAAUUUUUUUGUUUGCGUGUUUUGUGUUUGUUCUACGCUGAUAAUAUGGCAUCUGGUUUAGGUGCACUGAGAAAACAGCGGAAACCGAUGACGGUGGGCGAAUUAUCAAAAUGGCUUGGUGAACAGAUUAGCAAACUGCCCAGCAUGCCCGAACGACCUUUCUGCUUCAACCUGUUUUAUCCAUUUGAUGGAUAUUUCACAUCCCCUUUUUUUCCUGGAGAAACGGUCACCAGCUUCGGCCGUCUCCUUUCGGAAAAAGACAUCACAGAUCAGCUGAGCAGGCUGAAUAUCGCGCAGUCAGAGCUCAAGAGCUUACUGCAAAAGCAGCUAAAGGAAAAGUAUUUAUUUCAUCGCGGCGACAUCUAUUUGCAAAGCGAACGUCUCUACAUUACAACUUGCAUCCGCAAGUGUGUGUUGAUAGAGGCACUCCACAAGAAAACAUAUUUGAUUGAACGUCCUAUUCGCCCAGUAGGGCCUGUUUUCUACCUAACGAUUGAGCAGCUUCGCUGGACUAGUAAAGAGACAGAUCGAUCCCGAGCGGUCGGUUGCGUUCUUUAUUACCGGACCAACGUGUAUUGUACCGCCCUUCAAAUCCACGAUGACGAAAAAGUACCGACCUUCAUUGGACCGUACAUUUUCAAAGAUGCGCCGGCUGAUUUUCAAGUAACCGUCAAAUUUUUCAUGAUGACCUUUGAUAAUGGUGAGGAGAAGGAGUUUGCCGAGUUUUUGGAGAAAAAAACGCCGCCAAUUAUGACGCAGGUGGGAUUCGCCAUAGUCGACCUGGCUGCACUGAACCAGGGCUUUACCAGUUUUUCCAAAGUCGUUGGGAAUUUUCUGCCCAAUGCGCUGCUGAUUAAAGGCAAUUAUGAGGCAAAAUAACCAGAAAUGUGAAGAUACUAAUUAGGUGUUUUUCAAAUGAGGCGCUAUUUCACCGUACUUCGACGAGUUGCGUUUCUUUUCCUAAUAGUACCUGAUGUAACUAUUUGAGCAAAAAAAGUGCAUUUGAUAGCA